AUGUCUGAGAGUGAAAAUUUCAAAUUGAGAAGAGAAAUUAUACAGCUCAAAAAAUAGAUUGAAUAAUUAAGAGAGGAUGGUCGUUAAAAGGAUUAAAGGAUAGCAUUCUUGGAAGCGGAAUAAGAGUUUCAUUAGGGCAGAUAUGAAGAAUAGAAAGCAAAAUAUAAUGAUUGCUUUACUAGAAUGAGAGAUUUAGAAAAGAUGGUUAAUAGGGAUGAUGCAUAUACCAAAGAGACCUUGAAGAAUCAAUUAGAUAAAGUGAAGGAUGAUUUAGAUAGAGAGAAGGCUGCUGUUCAAUAAUAUAUUGAUUAAUUGGAGAAGGUGAAACUUGAAAAUGGUAAUCUGAUGUGGUAAUUGACCUAAUUGUCAUUGAAAUACAAAGAUGAGAAUAUCGUAAAGGAUGAAUUCCAUUACAGAGAUGAAGUUUAGGAUAACAGAGAAAAGUUGAAGAAUUUAGUGGAGAAAACAAAUUCUUUGAAUUAGGCUAUUGAGAGAUUGAGUGCUGAAAACAGAGUAUUGAGGAAAAUGGCAGGAGUUCCCGAUGAUUAUUAAUUUGAAUUGGAUGAUGUGAUUUAAGAAGGAUAAUUGUAAGUAGAGAAGUACAGAGCUCAAGUGAUUGAAUUAGAGAGAGAAGUAGAAGAAUUGGAAGAAGAGAGAGCAAGGUUGAGAAGAAAAUUGAGAGAAUAAGUUGCUGGAGGAGAAGUGAAUUUGGAAGAAUUUGAUACUUAAUCAAAUAAUCAAUUGAGAAAGGAGAAUUAGGAAUUGAGAAGUAAAGUAAAGAUGUUAGAGGAAGAAAAUGCCCAUAUUCGUUAAAAUUAAUAGGAUUAUGGAGCUAUUGGAAUGGGCACUUAAUAAGGAAUUAUGAAAGUUACUAAUGAUUAGAUGUAAGAAAUGAUGUAGAAACAAUAACAGGAGCUAAAAGAACAACUUUAAGAGAUAGUCAAAACUAUGAAAGGGUAAAACCUCUAGGACACUACAUAAGUCAAAUAAUCAAUUAUAUAAUAAAGAUAAGUUGUUGAUACAGCUGGAUUGGAUAAAUUAAGCAUUCCUCCUAAUCCCAUACCUGGAGCAUUCGGAAAUUAUAAUGAUAUUAAAGAUGGUUACAGUCAGCGCUUUAAUGUUAAAUUUCCAGUUGACAUGUCUUCAGCAUACGGGGAUUCAGGCAUGGAUCAGAUGCAAUUGAAAUACGAGUUAGCAUCAUUGCAAUUAUAGAAUAUAGAGACUUUGAGAUUAUUGUAAUAGAAGGAAGCUGAGUAUAUGAAUUUGUUAUAAGAAGUUACUACCAUUAAGGAAGAUAUAAAGGGAAAGUGUUUGUUGGUUUAAGAUCAAUUAUUUGUGAAAUAUAUUGAAGAGAGAGACAAAUUUAAGGUGAUGUAUGGAGAACUCCAAGAGAAAUACAAGGCUUAAUUGGAUUUGAACGCGGAAGCCAGGAUUAAAUUAGCUCAUUAUGAAGAUUUCAUGAGAGACAGAGAGAAGCCAAAGAAAGAAUUGGAAGAAAAGUUAGGAGAGAUGGCUAAGAAAACUGCUAUAUUAGAUGUCAAUUUGAUUAAAUUAUCAAGGAAGUAUGAUGCAUUGACUGAGGAAUAUAAAUAAAUGAAGACAAGUUAUACAAUAGUAGAGAGUGAGAGUAUGGCAAAGGAAAAGGAAUUGUUAGAGAAAAUAUAUAAUUUGAUUUCAUGGAAGAGAUCAGCAGAAGAGCAUAUGAGAGUUAUGAUCAAAGAAUUAAAGAAUUCAGUACCGGCUGAUGAAUUCAACAAUCUUAGAUAAAAGUUAGAAUACACUUAGGAUAAAUUGGCUAAUGCCUAGUUGAAAGAGGCAGAGUACUAGAAGAGAAUAGCAGGUCUUGAGAGUCAUGAAAGAGAGGCAUUUGAAAAAGGAGAAAGAGUAAGACAAUUGGAAGAAGAAUUGGUGGAAAUUUAAUUGGAAGAAGAAGUUAUUAAGAAAAGAUUGCAGAGUUUUGAUUCUGCUUUUGAUAAAUAUGUCAAGAUAUAUCAACAUAUUGUUGAGUUUAUUAAGAUUAAAAACAUUUCAGUUAUUGAAAUAUUUAAAUUAUUCGAUGAGAAUGGAGACAACAAGAUUUCAAGAAGUGAAUUCAUCACAGCUAUUAGUAAUAUUGGAGUUCCAGUAUCUAAUGAAGAUAUGGAAGUUGUAUUUAUGUUUGUAGACUUAGAUGGAACAGGUUAAAUAGAGUAUUAGGAAUUUAUUAGGAAGCUUAAGAGAUCAGGAAUCAAUCUUAGAAAACCCGAAGAUUAAUUACUAUAUCAAUUAUAUAAUGCAAUUAAGGAAUCAGGUUAUGAUUUGAGAUCUGCAUUCCAAGCAUUUGAUACUAAUUGUGAUAAUGUUAUAUCUAAAGCAGACAUGAAAGAAGCAUUGAUUUAGAUGAAUAUCAAACAUGAUCAAAAGGCUAUUGAUUAUAUCUUCAGAAUGGCUGACACCAGUGGAGAUAAUUAAAUCAAUUAUGAAGAGUUCUAUGUAUUAUUUGAUGAAAUUGUCAAAAGUGAGUUAAUCAAUUAAGGAAAAUCAAUCUAACUAAGCUUAGAUAUUAAGUUUCAAAUUAUGUGUAAAUUGGAUCAAUCAAUUAAAGAUUAGAGAUUAACAUUAUUAGAUGUGUUUAACAUGAUUGAUAGAGAUGGUGAUUAAACAAUUACAUUAAUGGAAUUUUAAGCCUUGUUUAGAGAAUUAGAGGGAGGAAUCUCGCCUGAUUUGGUUAGAUAAUUGUUUGAUUAAAUGGAUUUAGAUCGAAAUGGUCAAAUUAGUUAUAAUGAAAUGUUAAAUUAUUUGAGAACUGCAAAAACAGAAGAGGAAAAGUAUUAAAAGCUACAAUUCAUCCAAUAGAGAACAGAAUAACUGAAAAGUAUGUAGGAGACAGAUGUGACUCUCCAAAAGGCCAAAUAAGAAAAUUAAGGAUAGACAUUAGAGGAUAGGUUAAAAAUGAAAAUAAACAUUUUGGAAAUGAGGGAAAAAAAUGCCUAAUAAAAGUGUGAUGUGUUACUCAAUUAAUUAACUAGCACAGAAUUGACACUUAAGGAUACAACUAAAACUUUAUUUGAACUCCAAAAUCAAAUGGAGAGAUCUAAUGAUACCUUCUAUAGAGAUAGAGAGGAGAAACUGAUGUUGUUGGAAAGAUUAAAGGGAGCUUUAUCAAGAGAAGAAAGUGAAAAAUUGACUAAACAGAUUGAAUAGCAGAGAUUAACCAUUUCGGAUUAAAACAGUGCAAUUACAACUUACAGAUAAUUGUAUGAUACAGCAGUCAUGUAAACUAAGAGUAUGAAAUUAACUAUUGAAAAGAUCAAAAAUGAUUCUGAUACCAUGUAAUAAACAAUAAAAGAGUUAUAAGCAAUAUCUGAUCAGAAUAUGAUGAUUGGUAAAUUGUAUCACCAUCUUAUGGUUGCCAGAUGGCAUGAGGCACAAACUAAUCAGAAGUAUGAAAAGGUCUUGGAUGAAUUAAGAAAACUCAAAUUACAAUCUGAAUCAUAUGAUACUACAAUUCUUAAGCAAUCACAAGAAAUUAUUUAAUAAAAUACUAUAUUCACGGAGCAAAUUAGAUCGUAUGAACAAUAAAUUACUGAACUCAAAUUAAAAAUACUGCCAACAGUCACUUUAUAAAGAGUUGAAGAAUAAGCUAAAAGAGUCAAAGAAUUAUCGGAUAUGAAAUCAGAAGUUGAAAGAUAAAAUAGAGAUUUGAGAGAUAGGUUUUAUGAAUUGCAACUUAAGGCAGACUACUUCGAUAAUUACAAAGAGAAGUUAGAUAAUCUAGAAAGAAGCUUAAGAUAGAAUAAUCCUGAUGAAUUAAGUUAGUAGAUUAUAGCUGUGAGUUAAAAGUUAUCAGAGGAAAAAAUAGAAUUGCUUAGAGUCAAAAGGGAAAUGCAGGUGAGUGCUGAGAAGCAAGAAUAUUAUUAAAGAUUAAAUAAACAAUACACUGACACAAUUAAGAAAUUAGAGUAUGAAUUAGCACAUGCCGAUUUGGAUUUGAGGAAAAGGGAAGAAGAUUGGAGGAGAAGAUUCUAUGAAUAAAGAAAAACUAUUUUUGCCUAAUUAGGACUCAUUGAAAAGGAUGAUAUGAAAGAGUAUACUUAGAAGAAUACGGAUGCAAGUAAGAUGUUGAUUGAUGCAAUCUAGAAAAAAUAGAAAGAAUAAAUGGAAUAAUAAAAUUAACCAACUGAAUAAUAGUAAGUAGAAAUCACAUAAUUAUAGAAAAAAAUCUAAGAAUUAGAGGCUUCAGUAAAGAAGAAGAAUAUUGAAAUUGAAGGAUAUAUAGAAAGAUAAAAGAUUGUUACAAGUGGCACCAUAGUAUUUCAAUAGUAACAAUUAGAAGAUUACACUAAGACAUUAUUAGCUUAAGAGGCUGAAAAGGUGUCUGUUGCUGGUUAAUAAAUGCUUAAGGCAAUGCAAGAAAUAAUAUAGGAUAAAGAUAGAGAAUUGGAUAGAAAGGAAUAAUAGUUAGAAGCUUUGAGGUAGGAGACCUUAUUACAUAAGAAAAAAGAUAUUGCAGAAAUUUAAAGAUUAACAGACCUAUUACAUAGAAGAGAUUAGGCAUAACAAGAGGCAAACAAAACAGGUAAUAGCAAUAAUUACAAUAACUUUUCAUAUUUGUAAUAAAAUUAAAUGGCUGAAUUGCAACCAGUCUUAAUAGAAAAAUAUUAAUAAUAAUUAUAAGAAAAAGAUAGAAAAAUUAAAGAUCUUGAAUUAUCAUAUGAAGCAGAGAAAACUGCUUUGAAGAAAAUGAAAGAGGAAUUAAUCAAAACUAUUGCUAUUAAAGAAUAAUUAGAAAUAGAAUUAGAUAAUGAAAAGAAACUGAAUGAAAGCAUGUAAUAUGUGUAAAAGAUUGAAAAAUUAUAAAAUUUAGUUAAUGAAAAAAAUAACUAAUUGGUUACAUUAAAGAAAACUGUAGUUGCUUUAAAGGAAGAAUAAUUUAAGAUAGCUGGAGAAUCUAUAGACAAAGAGCAGGUUUACAAAACUAAAGAAUCUAAAUUAAAUAAUAAUUCAACAGAACUUGAAACCAGAUUAACCAAAAUGGUUAAUGAUAUGAAAUUAUUAAAGGAGGAAAUUAAAGAUAAAUAGAAAAAGUUAGAAUAACUUCAAGAAAAGGAAAUUUAACACAGAGCAUAAAUGACAGAUCUACAAAAGAAAAACUCAGAACUUAAGGCUAUCAUUCAAGCUGGAGGCGGUAAAUUAGAUGAGUAAGAUCAAACUGUUUCCAACAUCUAAGCUAAACUACAAUAAUUUAACUAAGUAUAGAUGGAAAAACUGCAAUUAGAAAGAGAAAUCCAAUUUUUGAAGUAAUAAGGAGGAACAAGAGAACUAUUUGAUAAAGAUGCUACAUUAAAGCCACCUACAGGUUUAUAUUUCAAAACAUUCGCAGAGUUAUUGGAUACUCUCAAAUAAUAUCUAAUAACAAAACCUAAAUUUGAUUUGCUGUUUGAAUUUAAGAAAUUAGAUAAGUAGUUUACAUAAGUAUUGCCAAUGGGGAGGUUCUUUGAAGUAUUAUCUAAUGCUGGAGUAAAGCUGAAAACAAGGUAUACUAUGCUUCGAUAUUUUUAGAGAUCAAAAAUUAGUUAUAGACACUAUUAAGACAAAAGAUGAAAAUGCUGAUUAUUAUACUAAAUUCUAUUAUGUUUAUAGGGGAUGGUCUGAUAAUGUAGUUUAAACAGAUUAAGAUGAUAGGUAGUAAUAAUAACAAUAGCAAUAAAUAUAACAAUAGCAAUCACAAAAAUUCAGUGUAAAAAGCAAAAAAUGA